AAUCCUUGACCGAGGUAUUUCAUCAGUGCUGUGCAAGUGAUUCUCUUUAGAAUUCCUGAACGCCAAUCGCUUAUUUUAAACAAUAACUCUUCGUUUUUAUCUCUGAGAGUAGAACUAUCAAUCUUGGCUGAAAAUGGGUACUACAGUUAAUGAAACUAAAGACACAAAUACAGAGAUGAAAAGUAAACCAGAUGACAUCUUUGUUAUGGAGGAUAAUGAAGUAAAUUCUACUGAAAUUGAUGCUACACAAAUCAAAAAAAAGUCAAAAGGGAAAAGGUAUGUCCCACAACGCCAUCUUGAGCCAUCAAGAAGACAGAAAGCUGGCGUUCGAAAAAUGAGAAGAAAUGAAAAUACUAACUUUUUGCUUAAUGGGGGUAGCAAUGGCGAAUUAGAUUCAGACAUAGAUGUUAUGGACAACUUGAUUGAGCCAGGCACAUCACCAUUGGACUGCCUAAUGCUGGACAAAGAUAAAAUGCAGGUUACGAUAAAUGUCCUAAAUAGUUACGAAAGAGAUUUAUUAAGUAGCUUUAGAAGACACCUAGCAUGGAACGAUUUUAUUAAUUGUUCAGAGGAGGAUCAACAACAAUUCCUUGAAGAGAAUUUUGAAAAGAGUUCAGACGACGCUGAUUGGGAGUUUGUUGAAUCUGAAGCCGAUCAAAGAGAAGUUCAUCCUGCUUAUACUUCGGAAGAAUGUUUUAAUAGAAUUGAUAAGAGAUUGAAAAAUUUUUUGAGACGUCGUCAUGUACCGCUCGGAAGAUUGGAUUAUUUGGAGCGAUACAUAAUAGACUACUUUAAAAUUUGUCCUAUAUCCGUUCUCGUUAUGCAACUAGAUAACGGAUUCGAGAGAAUGUUGUGCCACGCUUUGUGCCAGUAUCACCUCCUACACUGCUACAGUAUGGAUGAUGAUCGGGGUUGCAGAAAUACGCAUGUUGAAAACAAACGAGAAAAGUUUAUUGGAGCUCCGAGUUCUCUUUAUGAAUUUAUUGUGUCAGCAUAG